AUGUCGGGAACUCCGAAGAGCGUCGCUGCAUCUUUGAUGCAAAAAACUCUUGAUCGGCAGGCGUCUUUAGCGCGGAUGAGACUGCACUUUACAAAGAAACAAGUUGAGCAAAUUCUGGUGAAAUGCAUUAGAAAUAAAAACACUGGGCCUUACCUGGAAUUGGUAAAAGUUUUAAGAGAUUAUCCUUUGAAUGAGGAAAACUUUAGGAUAGUGUUUGAUGAUAGCCUGUCUUGUGUUGUGCUGUUGGGGCGGGAGCUUACAAAAUAUGUGGACAUAGUGUGUAGUAUUGAGUGGUUGGACAGGAGUGAGGAGUUGGUGGACCUGUACAGGACAUUUGUGCUGAACCUGGUCACGGCUCACACCUACCACUGCCCCAUAGUCAUGAUGCGGCUAGUCACACUAUUCAAAGGAGAUGGAGAAAACUGGGAAGAUAAUCCACCUUCUGAACUUCUUAUCAAAUGGUCUCAUGUACACGAUAUUAUAGGACGGAUAGUCGCCAUAAUGCCUAUGACAAGUGAUCUUCUAAUGCACAUAAUGAUAGAACAGUUUCCGUACUACAAGGCAGGGUGCUACACAAACAGAGCAUAUAUAUACAAUCUCAUAUGGAUGAGCAAGUACCUCCCUUCCCUCCGAGAACAGAUCAUGACUGCUGUUAUUAAUAAAAUGAUAAGUAUGGACGUAAAUAUCGCAGAAUAUGAAAAAACCAAAUCGGACACAAUGUUUGACAUGGACAUAGAUUGCCAGGACGAAGUAUCAAUUACCCUGGAUUAUUGUAUGCUGGAGGUCCUCAAAUGGCUGGAGGAUGAAAGGGAACCCAUCAUGAACAUCCUAUGCACUGUCUUCGAGAGGAUCAUCUUACCUACAUAUGGCAUAAGACAUGUCCAGUUCCUACUUCUAUACACAAUAUCAAUAAAUCAGCAAUGUGCCGACCGUGUGCUAGACAAUCUAUGGACCAUAGCCGCUGGUCUCCAAGGCAUAGGACCAGGUGCCCUUACCACAAGGAAAACUGCUGCCAGUCAUUUAGCAGGACUACUCGCUCGUUGUGUACGAGUCCCUAACACAAGACUUAUUAAGUAUUUAAAGAGUAUGGCAGAAUGGUGUCACUCUUACAUCUCCGCCACUCAGGAGUCAACUGCAGCGUGCGACAAUACCAAAGCCCACGGCGCAUUCCACGCUAUUUGCCACGCGAUUUUCUACCUUGUGGCUUUCAAACAUCAUUUGUUGUUUACGAGUAAAGAAAAUGUGAACUUCGUGGAAUCAUUAAACUUGCCACGUUUGGUGACGUGUGCACUGAAUCCGCUUCGCACGUGUCCCCCUCAAGUCACGAGGGCGUUUUCUUCCAUCACGAGGUCUCAUCAAGUCGUGUACUGCCAGGGCAUCAUUGAGAAGAAUGCGCGACAUACGCUGCAGUCGACAACUGUGCAACAAUACGACGAGUGGUUCCCCUACGAUCCAUAUAAUUUGCCUAUAUCCGGUAAAAUAAUAUGGCCGUUAUGUAUAGACUACAAGGACUGGCUGAAAGAAGGUGAUGAUGAAACUCAGUACUCAUCUAUGAAGAGGAAAUUAGAAGAAGACGAUGAUUAUUUAGUCAUGGCCAGCCCCACGCAAAGGCUAGCUACCUCAUUGUCCCACGGUAUCUCACCAGGUUUCAGAACUAGUGAGAAUAUAUUUAUAUAA